CUUUGCUCUCUCAUGGCAAUCGCAGCAGAAACCCAGGCUGAACAGAAGGCUCCUACAGAGGCAGCAGCAGAAAAGAAGAGGUGGACACUUAAUGACUUUGACAUUGGGAAGCCACUCGGAAGGGGCAAGUUUGGUCAUGUUUAUAUAGCUAGGGAAAAGAGGAGCGAUCAUAUUGUUGCACUAAAGGUGCUUUUCAAGAGCCAGCUUAAACAGUCCCAGGUGGAGCACCAGCUUCGCCGUGAAGUUGAAAUACAAAGCCAUCUUCGACACCCUAAUAUCCUACGACUCUAUGGUUACUUUUAUGAUCAGAAAAGGGUCUACCUGAUUCUGGAAUAUGCUGCCAAAGGAGAACUCUACAAGGAGCUGCAAAGGUGCAAGUACUUCAGUGAACGACGUGCUGCUACUUAUAUUGCUUCUUUAGCGCGGGCUCUCAUAUAUUGUCAUGGGAAGCAUGUUAUUCAUAGAGAUAUAAAACCAGAGAACCUCUUGAUUGGUGCACAGGGUGAAUUAAAGAUUGCAGAUUUUGGCUGGUCGGUGCACACAUUCAAUCGGAGGCAGACCAUGUGCGGUACUCUAGAUUAUCUCCCACCUGAGAUGGUGGAGAGUGCCGAGCAUGAUGCAAGUGUAGAUAUAUGGAGUCUUGGUAUCCUAUGCUAUGAAUUCCUCUAUGGCAUCCCUCCGUUUGAAGCGAAAGAACAUUCGGACACGUAUAGAAGGAUUUUGCUAGUAGAUUUGAAGUUCCCUUCAAAACCGGUAGUCUCCUCAGCUGCCAAGGACCUCAUUAGUCAGAUGCUUGUUAGAGAAACUUCUAAGCGAAUGCCGCUACACAAACUUCUUGAGCAUCCGUGGAUCAUUCAGAAUGCCGAUCCUUCAGGCGUAUACAAGGGUUGAUCGAUCAUGGUGGUUCGUUUUCCUCGGGCAAUUAACAUCAUCGUCCUCGUUAACGAAACGGGGUGCAAAUGAUAUAAUUUUAUUUUCUUAACAAGAAUUGUUUGUUGUAAUGUAAUAAAAACAUAAUUAAGUUGUAAAAUAUCAAGUUGCUGUUAAUGGGAAAUCAUGAGUAUGAAGAAAGGCAUUUACUUGGCUACAAUUUUAUUUGUUGGUAUGAAGAAAGGUAUGUUCGGUUGAAAACCGUAUUUCCAUUGUGAAUUGGGAACCAUUGAGAACAUGCAAUGUGUC